UUGGCAGCCAAGGAUUGAAGUAUGAGAAAAUUCUGGACUCAUUGGAAAAGAAAUCCCAUUUCGGAAACAAGACCCUGAAAGGAAGAAACUUUUGUUUUAAAUCUUGAUGGGUUACUUUUCCUGCAAAGCAGAAUCAGCAGUGUCCAUAAUCUCCACCGCCACCACCCAUAAUUCAUCUUCCAAAGCUGUUUACGACAAGAAGGAAAAGCCCCUCAAGAUCCAACAGUUCGAUUACUCCGACCUCGAAGCAGCCACCAAUGGGUUCUCCGACCAAAGGCUUCUGGGCAAAGGCAGCCACGGCUCCGUCUACAAGGCUGUUCUCAAGGGACGCCACGUCGCCAUCAAGAAACCAUCUUCCAGGUACCAAGAAACCAACCCCGAAACCGAUAACGAGAUCGAAAUCCUGUCCAAUAUUCGAAGCCCCGGGCUGGUGAAUCUUCUUGGCUUUAGCAAUGGCGCUAAUGAUCGUUUAUUGGUUGUUGAGUUCAUGAGUAAUGGCGCCUUAUAUGAUGUUCUUCACUCCAACUCUUCUUCCAGGCCUUUGAAUUGGGGUCGAAGAAUUCGAUUAGCUUUACAAGUUGCAAAAGCCUUAGAGUCACUUCACUCACAAAACCCCUCAAUUAUCCAUAGAGAUGUUAAGUCUGCCAAUGUGUUAAUCGAUAGGAAUUUCAAUGCAAGAUUGGGUGAUUUUGGAUUGGCACUUAGGUGUGGUGUUGAUGAUUAUAGGCUUAGAUCCACCCCUCCAGCUGGAACCAUGGGAUAUCUUGAUCCAUGUUAUGUGACCCCAGAUAAUCUGAGUACAAAAACUGAUGUUUUUAGCUUUGGGAUCCUGCUGUUAGAGAUUAUUAGUGGUAGAAAAGCUAUUGAUGUUGCGCAUUCGCCACCUUCCAUUGUGGAUUGGGCAAUUCCUCUUAUAAAGAAAGGGAAGAUUGUUCCGGUUUAUGAUCCAAGGAUCGCGCCUCCGGCGGAUCCUAUUGUUAGAAAGCAGUUGGCUGUCAUUGCAGCUAAAUGUGUGAGGUCUUGUAGGGAGCGCCGGCCGGCAAUGAAAGAGGUGGUUGGUUGGUUAGCUGGGUUGAGCAAAUUGGUUCCUUUACACCUAUGGAAUGGUUUUAACAAUCCAUGUAUGAUGGUGGAAACAAUGGGGCGACCUAUUGAGUGUAGAAAUUCUGAGGAUGUUGAGGACGGAAAACUUGGCAGGCAAACCGAGAGGGACUCGCAGAGAGUCUAUUCUGAUUUGGGAUUUAGUAGCAACUUGAUGGAACUAAUAGGCAUGAGCAUGAAUGGUGUUGAGGGGGAUUGUGACUCUAACAUAGUCGAGAGGCCUAGGUCAGGGAGCAGAGUUUCGGGCCAAAGAUUUCGUAGCAAACGAUAUGGUGAAGAGAAUGGUGGUUUUGGUUUGAGGAGGAAUCAAUCAGCUGGAGAAACUUCUCAACUAUUUUCAGGGAAAGGUGACGCAGUUUCUCGUUUCUAGGCUUGUAGGUGACAUUCGGUUAGUGUCAUAAACAUUGAAAUGGUUGGCAAUGGAUCAAGUUGAGGCUUCCAAGUUUCACUUGCUUCAUGUGUAUUUUUCACAUGCUCUUUGAAUUGUUAACGUGGUGUUUCAUUUUUACAUAUGUAGAUCAGGACAUGGCUAAUGUCCAU